CAUUGAUCUUUUCCGAGUGCCAAGUGUAGAGCGUUGUGUCUGUUGUAUCUUUCUUCGAGUUCGUAUCUUUCGUUCGAAGCAAAACGAGAAGACAUCGGAAGCGGCUAAAAAAGCACGUCUAUUAUCGGUCGCCGACAGCUGUGCACUUGCCCUAAACCCGGACGCCGCCGAGGAGUGUUUCCUUAUUGUUGUUCCCCACCACUUCGAUGACGCCCGGACUCCCGUUACCCGCUACACAGAGUAUUGCUGCAGUUCCCGCUUGUUCUUGAGUGAACGGCGGCCAGCGAAGGGUGUCGGCCGCACAAGAGUUUCUUGUGUUCCUAGCUCGAAGAAACGGAUUUCAUUCGUUCGUUGUUUUUUUACCGUCACCGAUGGCCCUCGCCAACCCGUCGGGCCGUAGCUACGCCUUCAAAGUGGUGCUUCUGGGCGAAGGUUGCGUGGGCAAGACGUCGCUCGUGCUACGUUAUGUCGAAAACAAGUUCAACGACAGGCACCUCUCCACGCUACAGGCAUCCUACCUUGACAAGAGGUUGAACAUAGCCGGAGAGCGGGUCCACCUGGCCAUUUGGGACACGGCGGGCCAGGAGAAGUUCCAUGCCCUGGGGCCCAUCUACUACAGGGACAGCAAUGGGGCGGUGCUAGUGUACGACAUCACAGAUGAGGGGUCAUUCCUCAAGGUGAAGAACUGGGUGAAGGAGCUGCGGAAGAUGCUGGGCACAGACGUGUGCCUCACCAUUGCGGGCAACAAGGUCGAUUUGGACAAGCAGCGCAACGUCUCGGCAGCGGAGGCCGAGGCAUACGCCGCUUCCGUCGGCGCCACUCACUUUCACACCUCAGCCAAGCUGAACCGUGGCAUUGACGACCUCUUCCUCGACCUCAGCAAGCGUAUGAUGCAGGUGGCCAACACUAACGACGAGCAGCAUCGCAACAGCCUCGGCCGUGGAGGUAACUCGCGGCGCACGGUGGUCAUCGUCGACGACAGUCCCGUGCAGAAGACUAGUUGCUGCGGAGGCUGAAAGGACUGUGCCGUCAUUCUCGUCUUUGCUACAGAAGUGCUAUUGUUUUUGUUUCUGUCCGGGAUAUCCUCUUCUGCACCGGACCGCUGCUCGGAAAGGCCACCGUGCCGCCACAUUCUUCAGAUUUUGUUUGUUCCUUUGCAAAGACUCAUUUUCUGUGUCUCUUCUUCCCUCUCUUCGAAGCACGCCACGUGCUGCUCUGCAAACCGCUCGUGUUUCCACACAUUUCCUUAUUGUUAAUCCUAAGAGCUUAAACCUCUCAAUGCGUGUGCGUGUGUGUGCGUGCAGGAGCAUCGAGGACUCGAAAGAAAGAAAAGCAAGUUAUUUUAUUAUUUUGUUCUCUUUUUAGUGUCUUUGUGGUGUAGAUUUUGAAGCAGCAGUGUUUAAAAGAGCUUGCAAUGUCACGUAUACAACUUGUACGUGUGUUUGAUGAGCAUGCAAAACUCGAUUGUACGAGUGUGCAGGAGGAGUGUGGAUGUUUGUGCCGAGUUAAAGUGGGAACGAACUGUCGCAAGCGCAUUGUACUCGUGGCCAACAAUGUCACGGAUCUCGGACCUGUCUUCGGUUUAAGUGGACGUGGCGAGUUGGUUCCAGCGACGUGAUGCCUCUUUGUAUAGUGUUGUCAUCUGUUAAAGGGAAUGCGUGAAUGUAUAGCGUGAAUGCAAAUGUUUCUUUUUGACAAGCGUACGUUAGCCCCCUUUUGCACCAGGCGACUUGGAAUUGGUGCCGUUGGCACCCUUCUUCAUACCUGCACGUUGCAGCUAGAGCGGCAGGAAAGUGGAAGCCACAUGUUAAAGUGUUCCAUUUAACAGUAGCCUUCACUGUACAGCCGCUCCAGUUUUGAAAGGGACAGUUCGCACAGUGGCAGCUGUCAAGUGAUUUGUGUGACUUCGUAACAACCUGGCACAACGUUAUGUAGCAGUCGCUCAUUUCUCAAAAGCCGAGCGUCUGAUGCCCACAUUUUGUGGCAGUUAAUUAUUUUGUACAUUCAUCCCACUCUCUGUCAUUUGCUUACAUGCCACCCCUUACAUGCAUGACCAGCCACUCGGCACAGUUAGAGCUGGAGUAAAACAAUUCACCAAAUAUGGCCAUCCAAAUGUGGCUAUGCUUAUUUUGAAGGAUAGUCAGAACUGUGGUAUCUUUGCAAGUUGUUAUUAUUUGCUUUUUCUGACGCAUUACCAACGGCCGUCAAAAGUGCGGUAGAAAGCAGGCAGGAAGAAUUCCACCAUACUAUGCGAUAACAAGGCCACUGUGCUGAAAUUAUCUUAUGAUAUGGUGUAAUACUUCCAAGUUAUAGCUGACGACACUAAUGCAGACUUCUUUUCUCGUGUACCUGUGUAUUGUGUACCUUGAACAGCGACUGCGUCAGCUAGUGUACAUAAUAAAAACAAAACACCACUUGUUUAUUUGCAUUACAAAAAUAUGCACUAACUGAGGAGGUGUUUACGCAAAUCACAGCAGUAAGGGUUGUCAGGGAGUAGUGUUUCUACUGAAAUUGUUUCUUUAGUGGAAGGAGACUGCAUGUUUUUUUUUUUUUCAUUACCUUUUGUACCGAGUGCUUUGAGAAUGAGAUCAGUGUCGUUAGUAGUGAUAGUUUCAAGCCACCUGAGCGUUCACUUUUGUAACUUAUGCGAACAACUAUUAACAGUAGCAGCUACAUGCAAAACACUUGUUGCUCAAAUUCAAGUGAGAGUGUACUGACGAGUGAAGAAAUAGACCGGCAUGACCCGAGAGAAACGUGAACCGGAUGUGCAUGCCAACAAAGAGUGUGCUUUGCUAUGCUUGUGUAAAUAAGUUUUGUAUGUUCGUGUAGUUUUAUUGAACCCCUAGAUCAUUGCAAGGUUUCCCUGACAGUCAGAAACACUGUGCUGUGGUUUUCAGUGGCUAGUUUACACAAAAAAAUAAAAGGCCUAGUAAGCUUGUCAAACGCAAGAAUUAUGCAGUGUAUUUGUAUGUUAGAACGUUACGCCAAAUUAUCUGUAGAAUUUGCGACAAAGUGCAGUCUAUAUUUAUGCUCUAGUGGACAUUUCAUUGAUUGGACAACGUGGACGAUACAACUUAUUACCACAUUGUGGGUGGCAAUUUUGUAACGUGCAACUUAAGGUGUCAUGGCACAGCUAGCAGUACUGAGUGUUCCUGGCAGCAGGAAACAUGAAAAAUGUUAAAAUCGGUCAAAUUUUAGCUUAUUAUCAUCUCACGAGUUAAAGAAAACAUGUAUAUAGUGUAUUGGGCAUAUGGUUUUGCAUUCACUCAAAGCAUUGACAAAAGCCUAUACUGGAAAAGAGGCUUAUACCAAGCAUACAUUUUAGAUGUGAUGCAUUUCAAUAUAGACCAUGGAAAUUUUUUCGUGUUACUAUGCGCAAUUCAGCAAAGGUUACCAGCUCCUUUGGCAGCAUAUUAAUAUCGACAGACGUCAGAACCAGGUUGGUAAUCAGUGGCAAACUCAUUAUGCGACAUUUGCAUUUUUUAAAAUAUUCGUUGAUCAUAAAGGACACCAUUGCAAACAUUGCUCAAAGCAUGUCAGUUUGCUAGAAUUUCCUGCUACAUUCACUAGUUCCAAAAUUGCCUGUGAAUGAUGUGGCAUAGCAGGUACAUUGAUGUUCCACAAGGAACUAUGAAGUGGAUCAAUAAUGUAAUUGCUGCACAAUUAAUUCCUUGAUUGGCACUUGUCUCUGCACUCGUAGUUUAUGCAUAUGCUUUGAGCAGAGUCGCUGUAGUUACCAAGACGCAUCUGCACUUGAAUUUUGCGCCAAAGUUCAUUGCUGUUCCUAUUAAAGCUUUCACGUGUAACAGUAAUUGCAGCUGAAUUCUGGGCAGUAAUCUUUGAUCACUGCUACCCUGAGGAUUCGUAGCAUGUGAACAUGGUUACAACAGUUGCCAUCUCCCAUUAUGCUGUUAAUGAUACAAGGCUUUGAGGAAGAGAAAAAUAGAUUAAGGAGAUGUAUACAAAAAUUGCUAGAAUGAAAAGUGUGUAGCAUACCUGAUUAACUCAAGGAGGCUAGGUGACUAUUUGUCGCCGCCCCGUUUCAAAAGGGGAUGCCAAUAAAUCGUCACGUCCUCUAAUGUUAAUGACAAAAUACUAUUGUAUGUAUAUUGCAUAACGAGUGUGCCAUUGAUUAAUAGCAAACUUCGCACCAAUUGGCACUAAUAACCUAGUCAGUUUCCAGCAUGACAUGUUGACAUUUGAUGGUAACGAAAAUCAAAAUUUCUACCUUUGGUGCGUUCUGGCAGUUUAGAAUUGGUAAAUAAUUGCGCCAUCACGGUUGUCAUGAACGCACAUUUAUUUCUGGCUAUUUAUUACAUGCUGUGCAUUAUGCACAAAUACCUGUGCUUACUAGUCCGAACGUUGCUGGGUUCUUUUCCACGAUGGAAGGUGUGCGUGUAUGGUACCACAUUAUGGCUUUGCUCGGUGAAUGGCCCAAUUUGACCAGCUAGGUGCUCCCUUCGACAAAGUGGGGGAGCUAUUAUGACAAGACCGUGGCUUCAAAGCCGUCGAGUUGACAGGCGUUUUAUAUAUUUGCGAGCCUGACAAAUCCUUCUGAGCCUUGCGAGACGAUGUGGCAUUGAUGAUUCUGCCAGCUUCGUUGAUUCGCGACUGAAUGGAAGCGAGUGCCACCCAUGCCCCAAAACUUUGUAUGGAAUUGCGAGAAGCUGGGGAACAAGGUUUGCACACUUCUCCACCCCCCCCCCCCCCCUUUCUUUUUCAGCUGUGCUAUCACUGUUUAGCUGGAAUCGCGAGAGCCUGGAAAAUGUCUUGGGUAGCCCUGUUCACUAUGCUUGGCAGUUCAUUCACUUUUAUUGAGAGUCCGCUGCGGAAACUGCAAUCGUGAUAGACUGAACUGCUGCUGUAUCAGCCUUCAGACAAGCACGACGUGGUUCAGUGGCACCAGUUGUAUUCAGUGCAGUGAGUUGCAGCUCAGAGUACUGAACCAGUUAUUCAGUCUGCCGUAUGAAUCCAGCCUCAGACAGAAAAGGUCACCAGUUUGAAGAUGUUGGAAAGCUCGAGCUUGAAAACUCAAAUGCACAUAUGACUGGGUUUUCUGUGAACUAGAAGCUAAGGCUCCUUUGCUAUUUUGACCGACUUCCAGGCACUUUCAGGGGAAAAAAAGAAACGUCGGUAUGAUGCAGCGAUUCCUCCCACCUGAUUCUAUGCCAAUCUUGUUCUUCACUGUUCACAGCCAGCUGAACCUAUUGAUAAUGGGACAGAAUGCUGCCUCGACAACUUGAGAAGUGUGAAAAGGAAUAGCAUUGGCGUAGAAUCAUUGCUUUAUCCUGGCCAAGGUUGCAUUGCAUUAUUUUUAGUCUUCUGUUUAAUGCACAGUUAAUUUCUGGAGGUGGUGCUGGACAACCUCAAAGCCGGUGUUCACAGACAGCCUGAACUAUGGCGUCAUAAUGAGAGAUAUGCGAAUAAAAAGUGCAGCAGUUGUACUUCCUCGGGACGACCGAAAGGCUCUUAGCAUUACAGAGGCUCGGAAACAUAUACUUAAUGGAGUACUGAUGCAUACUGUCAAAAUUAUAGAAACUGGACCAUGCAGUUCUCACACUUAAAUGGAUUAGAUUUGGCAAGGCCAAGCCUGGCGUCGGCAAUUACAGGAAUGGAGUGAUGCAGUGUACUGCGACGUCAUGAUGCAUCCACAGCUUGGUUACCACAACUGGUCAUAAAAUCAAGUGUGACAGCAAAUUGUUCAGGGCACACCAAUGCCUGCCAGUAUUUUUCCGGAGUUUAGACGGAUUGGACCAUUAGCACGUAAAAAAUAAUGACGGGUCGGAAACGUCACAUUGGUGCUGCUUUAGGAUGCAUAAAUGCUAUUGGCUAAGGAGAAUGUAACAUGCUGAAAACUUUCCCACAAGGUUUUCGAACAGAAUGUACCAUGCGAAACUUGCGACAAAGGCAGCCCUAACAGCACGCAGUUUUUUUUUUAUCUUGCAACCACAAAGAGGUCAGUUUAUGAAGAACUGUGGCAAGAAACUAGCAAUGUCAUCAACAUUGUGUGUCGAUACACAGAGCACUCUUUCUGCAACAUUCAUGCAUGGCUGGCGUGUGUGUGUAAUGCAUGCCUGGCAAGCUUAAGCGAGCUGCUCGACGAGGUUGAGGUUGAAUGAGCGUUCAGAAGUGUGUACGUGGCACGAGCUGAUGAGCUGUUCAAAGCGCUUUUCGUAAAACCAUAUAAAUGAUAUGUAAUAAAGAUACAUACAGAAUUCA